AUGCAGCUGAGAGGUGUUGCUGUGAACUCUUCCUGUGAAGACCUCCACCUUCCGCCUGAAUUUCCUAAACAAUAUUACAUCAACUCCUUUGUGCACACGCGCUCACAAAUUGAAACGUACUUCCCAAGCUGCUCAAAGUCUUACAUGAAAGAGGUGACGGCGAAAUUCGACAUCGAACGUCUGGGCAAGGAGAAUUCGAGCAAUCUGCUGCAAUUCUCCGUUCGAAAUGACGUCGUUGUUGCGUAUCGAUCAAUAACCGAUCAAUUCAAUAAUCGAUUGGCAGUUGUGGGUGUCCAGUGGAGAAUGCCGUAUGCAAAUGCGUUAUUCUCAAAUUGGACACGUUCAGGCACAAAGCAGUGGAAUGACUGUAAAAAGAUUGACUGCCUGCUCAUUACUCGAAGCGGGUUUGUACUGGCGUCGUCAACUUCUCGAACUCCAGCUCCUCUGGCUCGAUUUGAUCCGCAGCUGUUCGCGAGUCUUGUGGAGAAUGACAUGGUCACCACAGAAUCGUGGGUGGAUGCACAGGCCGAGUGUAUGGCGAGUCGAUCGGCUCCAUGGUCCAGCCCGGCUACUCGCAGGAGCAACAUUUUCAGAACUCUCAUUGACAGCAUCACAGCCCUCAUUGGGAAAACUUUUUGGAUUGAUCUCUACUACCUUCUCACAUCGUUCGUCGCAGGACAACCAUCCAUGUCUGGUGGGAUAUGCCGCUUUCAAAGGAUUAAACCAGUGGAGAGGUACCUAGCAUUAUGUUUCCUGCGCCACACUAGCUACAAAAUGACGCUCAAUAUAACCAAGCAAAUACAGUUGAGCGAUAUGAAAUGUGCCAGAUAUGCCCGUGUAUUCCCGGUACCUCACACUACGCUAACAGUAAUACGGGUGGAUCGUGCUUGUCCAGGUUAUCGACCCAAGAAAAAGUACCCUGUCCAGCCUCAAAUACUGGAGGGCUGCGAAAAAGUUACCUAUUUUGACCGCCGACCACCGACACACUACAACACCACUGUCGAUAUAAAUGAGGAACCCACAACCGAAUGCCUUCUCAGUGAUUUUACAGGUGUCACACAGCCAUCGAUAGCUCUUAUGUUUCUCUUUUCUACUGUAUUUUCUUUGCUGUAG